AUGACGAGAAAGAGGCAGCAAAACAACAAUGGCUUCAACAGGAACAACCAGACUCCUCACAAUAACGGGCCCUACGCCAACGGCCCAUGUAACCGGACCCCAUACAGUAACGGCACCUUCAAUAAUGCGUCAUUCAACAACGGCCUAUUCAAUAACGGCUUAGUAAACCGCGGUCCUCAAAACAGCAAUCUGCGCAACAGCCCGCACAACAACGGCCCUCGCAACACCGACUUUUACAACCGCGUCUCUCACAACAACCCCCCACGCAACAUCGUCCCCAACAGUAUCCACGCUUAUCAACACAACCGCCCUAACAAUAAUAACAAUCCCCAAGGGGGCAUCGCCCGGGGCCCUGAAACACCCGAUCCUAAGAACCAGGCCGCUGGAAAGACGACAGAAGACCGGACUCGGCUCCUGAGGCUGAUUUGCGAGUAUUACAGAAUCAGCAACAUCCAGGGUAUUCUAAAAGACCCCGGCCAUGCCCCGGUCGAGUGGGAUAACUUGUUGCUCAACAAGAUCUAUUGGUUGCGCAACCACGAAGUCGAUCUGCAGGAGAUCAGAGAAGGCCUCGGGAGACACAUCGGCCACCGCAUCAGAAAAGGAACCAAGCGCUCGGAUAGGCCAGUCAAGCCCUAUGUUCUACCCCAGGACGUGGAAGCGCUCAUCAAGGACGUGUCCGAGUCCGAGGCCUCGAGUACAAACCCAAAAGCUCAGAGCAAGGUCACCCCAAUCGGGCCCAAGAAGAGGGCCGCUUCCGGCAGCCUCAUGUCUGAACAACCAGGUUCGACCAAGCGCCGACGACGCGCAUACGCAUCGCCCGACUCGAGCGUCGAUACCGAUGUUGACUCGUCUUGUCCCGUGGUGCGCCGGGUUUCCGACCAACAGGCACACUUCGGAGAACAACUCUGCACCAUGGCGGACAACAUGCGUCAAGCGAUGGCCAGGGUCCGGGACACUAAGGCUGAGUUCGAAAAAGCCUUGGCAGCCUUGGAAAAAGAGGAAAGGCGCUUCAAUCGCAUGGCAAAGCAAGCGGUGUGA